AUGACCACAAAUAUUCCAUCAGAAGUUCCAUCAAAAGCUCCAUCAGAGCCUCUUUCAUCAGAAGCACCACCAAACCAACCUCACACAUACGAUCGCAACACACCUGACCAGCAAGAAAUCACCGCAAUCCUCGCCAAAUUCAACAAAGAUCCUCUUGCACUAAGCGUCAUCUCUUUGGGCAAGGAUGGCGUUCUACGGAAUCUAUCGGCGGAUCUCGGUCUGAGUCCGCGACUUGUGAAGGCGUUCCUGGACCGCGUGCCUCCAGACUAUCGCGCGCUCACACCAGAACUCGAGGAUGCUGAUGGAUCAAAAGCGACGUAUGAGGAACUGUGGCACCCGGAUCCUGGGCUACUACCGCGACCUAUGGGUGAAGAGCAGAAGAAGAAGGCGUUGGCGAGUUUACAGGAGAAUUAG